GUGAAUGGAUGGAAAAGAGAGGAUUGCGUGUGCACUAUUAUUGUUUGGUGAGUGUUGUCUAGUUCCAAUUUUGAUUGAAAACUUAAUCGGGUCCUUUAGUUGUUGUCAACUCAUUUGCCACAACGUGGAAAAGAUCAUAAUGGUAUACUAGGUUUCCUUAUCCGCGAUAUACGUCAAGAAAUAGCUCUGGCACAGAAGCGCAAAUGCAAAUAUUGUUUUGAGAUGAGCGCCUCCAUACAGUGUUGUACAUGUAAGAAAUAUUUUCAUUUGACUUGCGGUCACACCAGCAAAUGCCUAUCGCAAUUUUUGGGGGAAUUUAAAUCAUACUGCCAUGACUGCGUGCCGGUCGAUCAAUAUGAAAUAGAACUAUUCGCACGUAGGCCAUCGCAAACAACAGAGGUGUGCUUUAUAUGCAAGCAAAUUAUGCUACAAAAUGCGACUCGUUGGAUAUAUUCGAAAUGUUGUGGCAGCGGUUUUACGCAUUCCAAAUGCAUGAAAAUAUAUGCUCUAAGUGCAGGUUAUUAUUUGUCGUGUAUUUGGUGCAAGGAUAAACGCUUUCGUGAGGACAUUAAGUACCAGGGAGUGUUUGUGCCAGAUCGUGAAGCCAAUUGGGAAAAAGAAAAAGGAGCAUAUGGAGAAUUGUAUCGCAGUUAUAAACGUUGUGAUAUGGCGGUCUGUCAAUGUCCCAAGGGCAGAGAUUUUAAAAAUGCUUACAAAUGGCAACUUAUAACAUGUAAAUUCUGUGGUUCUUUUGGAGCCCAUACACCAGGCUGCAUUCCCGGCUUUGAAGGCUCCAAAGAAAAAAUACAGGAAUUUAAAUGUGACGUUUGUUCAAUUACCGAGCAAACUAUUAUUCAUCAUAAAACAUUCGCAGGAGUAGUAGAGGAUGAUUUAUUAGACACCUCACUUUAUGUUAACAAAGAAAUAACAACGGAAAUUGGACCGGUAUUAACUCUUAGCCAAAGUUUAAGUACUAUUAAUACGUCAUCUGACAGCACAACAUCACAAGAAACGGUUAUUAAUGUGAAUUUAUUAAAGCGUAACUUGAUAACACCGGAAAUGCCUAAUAGUUCUAAGUCUGUUACUGAUGAAGGAAGUUUUCAAGAGGCUGCGGUAAUGGAUGAUAACACUAUUGCAAAUUCGGGAAUGGAUGAUAACACAAUUGCAAAUUUACUGGUAAAAAGACUGUUGGAUAUGUUUGAAGAACAAAAAUAUUACAAGAAAUAAAGAUUUAAUCCAAUUAUUUACUCCAGUUUAAAAAUGUUAAUCACAAAAUAUACGUUGUUAAUUUCAAAUAUCUAAAGAACUGUAAUCGUAAAAGUA